AUGAAGUUUCAUUUUGUUGGUGGUUUGGACUGCCCGGAAUGGAUCGUGGCGGAGAUGACCUUUUUAUCAAAACUUCCUGUAUUAAAAUUCAAAAAUUGGUGUUUGAGCUGUGUGGACUGUCUAAUCAAUGGUAGAACCGAAUGGAAUGAUGAACAUUUAACAGUUCUCAAUGUUGAUAAAACUCUUGAUGAUGAGUCUUUGAAAGGAAUGUUAGCAGCGCUUACAUUCAUUUUGGAAAAAACCACGAAAAACGCAUGUUCAGCCCGAGAUCUUGAAUUGGAAAUGCAACAGUUGGGUCUUCCUGCAGAACACUGUAGGCAAUUGGCAAAGGUUUAUACAACAAAUUUGGAAAAAUUAAAAAGUGCUUUAUUGUUCAGUUUUUCUCGAGCAUCAUCUCUUACGAUUUCUUCAGUGGAUGCCACGGAAAGAGGAAAUGGAAAGGUAUAUAUAAUGAAUAUGCGUUCUAAUGGCCAAGAAAAUACAUCGAUAGUGUUGGACGAUGCAAAACUAAAUUACUUAGUGCAAGAGUUAUCGAAAGCAAUGGAUAUCAUUCGACCAUUCGUUCGAAAUACCGCAGCUGACACUCACUGA